AUGGGCAGUGAAACGUCCACGGUGGUCGACGAGGGAACUUCCCCGUCGGUACUGGAAGCGCGGAAUAUUGAAGCAGUAGCCAAAUAUAUAAAAGAGAAAGAUGUGCGACGCAUUGUGGUCAUGGUAGGGGCUGGAAUCAGUACCUCGGCGGGCAUUCCCGAUUUUCGCUCCCCAGACACAGGUCUUUACUCCAAUCUAGCCUUCCUAGAUCUGCCAGAGCCGGAAGAUGUGUUCGAUAUCAGUUACUUUCGAGAGAACCCUCGACCGUUCUACGCCUUGGCGCGUGAGUUGGCGCCUGGCCGGUAUCGACCAACUAUUGCGCAUUCGUUUGUCAAGUUACUGCACGAUAAGGGAUUGCUGUUGAAGCACUUUACACAGAAUAUUGAUUGCUUGGAGCGCCUGGCGGGAGUCCCAGAGGAGAAAAUCGUCGAGGCCCAUGGUAGCUUCGCGUCACAACACUGUAUUGACUGCAAAGCGGCGUACCCCGAACCUCAGAUGAAAGAGGCUAUUGCCAAGGGGGAGGUGCCUCAUUGUCCUCAUUGCAAUGGCUUUGUGAAACCAGACAUCGUCUUCUUCGGAGAAGCGCUGCCCGAGGAAUUCCACUCGAACCGAAGUCUCCCAGAACAAGCAGAUUUAUGUAUUGUUAUGGGGACGAGUCUCUCUGUACAUCCAUUUGCUAGUUUACCGGCAUUCUGUCGUGACGGGGUUCCGCGAGUGCUGAUCAAUAUGGAACGUGUGGGCAGUAUGGGGUCUCGUCCCGACGAUGUUCUUCUUCUGGGCGAUUGUGAUGCUGGUGUGCGAAAGUUCGCACGAGCGCUCGGUUGGGAACAGGAACUUGAGGAACUGUGGGAGAGAACGAAUCCUGAUAAAGAGGCACGAGACGCCGAGAAUGCACCUUUAUGGACUAGAGACGAACGACUACACGAUGAGGUGGAGCGCCUGACAGAAGAAGUUGAUCGAGCACUGGGAUUUUCCGGGGCGUAUCAUGAAAGAGUGCGGCAGCAAUUGGAUCGUCAUUCUCAGAAGGAAGCAGGCAUCCGACAAGGGACGGCAGCAGCAGCAGCCCACCGUGCCCACGCCCUGUCGAAUAAACAGCCCCUGGGCCAGUCGUCCGGGAUCCCCCGCGAUGAGGAGAUGGACGGAGGUCUUGCCCAGGAUGCGCUUGUCACAGGAGAAGCGAAAGCAAGGGAGCUACAACCAACAGCUGUACAUGACAGCGAGGGGGGUUUGGGACAUGUAUUCCCUCAUUUGGCCAGUCAAAGGAGGAAGUCAAAUGCCAUGUGA